CCAAAGCAUGAGUGCUGCAUGCAUCUCAGGUUGUGUUUGGAGAUAUGGUGCCCACAGCAGCCAGCGGGCUGUCCCCUCAUCUCCCCUCACCUGUACCUGUCCCACUGUGCAUUUUUUUCUCUCUCCCCCCACUGCCCUUUUGUUCCCUUUCCUAGUGAAAUAUUUUCCUCCUGUGCAGGGGAAAUCCAGUGGCUUUCGGCGGCGAGCAUCAUACAGACAGGAAUGUCUUGGCACGCUGAGCUUUCCAUUAGGAAAACAGAUGUUUGUGCAGCAGCUGCGGUUCUGCAGAGAGCUUCCCCCAGCCUUGCAGUGCAAGAACUAGCUGUGCAGGGAGGGAAUGGUGAUGAGGACCCCAGCCCCUGUCCAAGAUUGCUCCAGGAUGGACUCAAGCAAAGGGCACGAUGGGCAGGCACUUUGUGCCACCUUUGUUUUUCCUCACCUUCCAAAAAGGCCGGGAGCUCUGGGAGUGAUUGGGGUCUCAGGCUCCAAAGCCUUCCGUGAUGUUGCCACCAGGAUCAGAACCCUCAUUUGUCCUGUGGAGGAAAGUGAAUGUAUGGAGAUCUUGAACCACUCAGGAAGUGCCCACACUACAGAGGCAUACCUGCGUGCGGUGGACGUGAAGAUCCUACAGCAGCUGGUGGCAGUCAACGAGGGCAUCGAGGCAGUGAAAUGGCUGCUGGAGGAGAAGAGCACGCUGACCAGCCGCUGCAGCAGCCUGGCCAGCAGCCAGUACAGCCUGGCAGGCAGCCAGACGGCCUCGCGGCGGGGCAGCUGGGACAGCCUGCAGGACCCCCCCGACAAGCUGGACAGCAUCUCCAUCGGCAGCUACCUGGACACGCUGGCUGACGACAUGGAUGAGUAUUCCCAAAAUGCUGCCGAGCUCCCCAGAGCUCUGGCAAGGGCUGAGCAGGACUGGGGCAGGAUGGACCCCGAAAGGGGUUUCACGAAGCAGGAGAAGGGCAGAGCGGAGCACGAGUGGCCCCACGCAGACCUCAGCCCGGACCGGAGCUGCCCAGACCUGCAGCGCUUUGCUAAGGAGCCUCAGGUGGCCAAUGGCUACUCAGGCAAAGAGCCCAAAUCGGGGCCUGGGGAAAGGCUGGGGAAGGGGAACAUGGGUGGGAAGGCUCGGAAAGCCGAGGCCAACUUGGAGAACUGCAAACUCAACAGCGAACUGCACCUGGAGUACGAUCCCCACUGGCUCUGGCUGCAGUCUCAGGACGAUGUGACAUUCUUGUAGCCCAUGGCUCUGUGCUCCCCGCACCGCCCGCUCUGCUUCAUUGGGCUCUGCUCAGGACUGUGGUGUGGUUGGGAAUGGGAGCCACUCCUACACGUCCCAUUUGGUGGCACCGCCAUGUGCAGUGUGAGCUGUGGGGCAGGGCCAUGGGCCGGGCAUUCCAACUCAGCACUUCCAUUGUCCUUUUCCAGGCAGUGCCCACCAAGGGCAGAUGGGGUUGGGAGGAGCUGGGGCUUGGUCAGUGUUCAGUGCUGAAAGCCCUUCCUGGAGGUGAAGGUGUUUGAGAUGCCUCUGUGAAGCCACUCAGUGGGACGUGGAGCUCCAGGUUCCCUAAAUUUGUUUGAGGACUGUCCCACCACGUGACCAAGCCCUGUGUGGUGGGGUGGCCCAAGACACGUGGCUCCUCCGCUGAUGUGGAUCUGCAGCCUGGAGAUGUCCUCUCUGCCCUGUGAGCCUUGGCUUCUCGCUGUGCCUUUGACUGCCUGGCCUCUAUGCACUCAGCACCCCGGCUUGCAGAGCAUGGCUUGCACUGAGCUGUAUGCUUGCUUGGGCAGCAUCUGCGCCCUUUUUGGGAUGUUGCAGGGAAGGAUACUGGCAUUCCACAGCUUCAAGGAAGGGUUCUUCCAUGCACACGGAGAACUGAAUCCUGGCUCUGCCUUUCUUGGAGUGGUGCAAGUUGGUUCAGCACCCCCUGGAGCCAAUGGGAAACCAACACCUUCCUGGAGUGGCUGCAGGGUGAGAUCAACGUGGCCAGGAGGGCAGUUGGGUGCACCCUGGCUGCACGUGCACUUCCCUGCAUUGGUGGCCAAGAGCAGGACAGUGUCCAAAUUAUGGGAGGUGGCAUCUGCUAAGGACUCAGGGGCAUCCCAAGUCCAAACAGUCCCAUCUGCCUGCCAGCAGCUCAUGGCUUCAUGCACGGCCACCAGAGCCACUGUGUCCCCAAGGCUUUGCUUCUAGCUCUGCAUGAGAGUCCCCAGGGGGACAGGGUAAGUCCUCCAGCGCUGCUAAAAUUGCUGUCAGCAACAAUAGCUGUGGCUUAAUAAAUGGUAACUUUUCUCCAAGGC